AUGGCCAUUGGCACCAAGUUAACUUUAGGAGAUAGUGAUCUAUAUGAAAAUGCAGCUCUAUAUAGAAGUACAAUAGGAGCCCUUCAGUACUUGACAUUAUCCAGGCUUGAUAUUGCUUACUGUGUCAAUAAAUUAAGUCAAUUUCUCAAGGCUCCUACACAAAAUCAUUGGCAAGCUUGUAAGAGAUUACUUAGGUAUCUUAAAGGGACCUCUAACUAUGGAAUUCUCUUCAUUAAAAGCACUAGAAUCAACCUAGAAUGCUACACCGAUGCUGCUUGGGCUAGUAGUAUUGAGGACAGGAGGUCCACAAGCGGCUGCUGUGUUUUCCUUGGUACUAAUCUACUGCAAUGGACUUCUAGGAAGCAGAAAGUAGUGGCUCUAUCUUCCACUAAAGUUGAGUAUAGAGCACUUGCUCAAGAGUCCACUAAACUGGCUUGGUUUUGCAGCUUAUUCUCUGAACUUGGUGUUUCUUUGUCAGAAAUUCCAGUUAUUUGGUGUGAUAACCAAAGUGCUGGUUCUCUUGCGUCCAAUCCGGUGUUUCAUGGAAGAACUAAACACAUAGAACUUGAUGCAUACUAUGUUAGAGAACAGGUUACUUCUCACAAUCUCAAGGUUCAUUAUGUGUCCACUGAACACCAAAAAGCAGAAAUCUUUACAAAGGCUCUGCCAGCCUCCAGGUUUGAAACUCUAAGACUCAAACUGACUGUACAAGCUCCACCUUCCUAUAGUUCAGUCAACUCAACAUCUCUUACUUAA